AUGGCAUCCGCUGCCGUUGAUCUUAAAUCUAUUGAGACUCGACUGUUUAUCAACAACGAGUUUCGCCCAUCGUCCAGUAACAAAACCUUCAAAGUGGUAUACCCCUACACCAAAGAGGUUGUCGCCGAAGUCCAGGAAGCCGACACCAAGGACGUCGACGAUGCCGUAGCCGCUGCAAAUGCAGCUUUCCCAGCCUGGCGUGACCUAGGCGUGGAACAACGCGGUCAUUACCUCCGCAAACUAUCUCAGCUCAUCCUCGAGUCAAACGAAGACCUAGCAAAACUCGAGGUCCUAUGUAUCGGUCGCCCAUUAACCCAACUCUUCGACCCCGGCCUGGCAGCCGAAUACUUCCGCUAUUUCGCUGACGCAGGCUGGAGUGCACAGGGUACAGCCAGUCUCAACACCCCCGACCAUCUAAACUUGACCGUUAAGCAACCAUUCGGCGUGGUGGCGCUUAUCAUUCCAUGGAAUUUCCCGCUUGUCAUGUUUGCCGGUAAAAUGGCGCCCGCUCUGGCUGCUGGAAAUACAGUUGUCUUGAAAAGUAGCGAGAAAGCGCCAUUGACAUCCCUGUACAUGGCCAAAUUAAUCCAGAAAGCAGGCUUCCCACCAGGCGUCAUCAACAUCCUCUCAGGUCACGGCGAGCCAUGCGGCUCAACUCUAGCCUCGCACAUGGGCGUCCGAGGCAUUAGUUUCACCGGUUCCUCGCUAACAGGGCGUAAAAUCCAAAUUGCAUCCGCAAAGUCUAACAUGAAACACAUCCACAUGGAACUGGGUGGUAAAUCGCCGGCAAUUGUGUUCCCAGAUGCAGAUGUCGCCUCGGCAGCCGCCCAAACCCAAUUUAGCAUCCAGUUCAACAGCGGCCAGAUCUGCGUUGCCAAUUCUCGGAUCUACGUGCACGAGUCGAUCGCGGAGGAAUUCAUCAAGUCCUUCCGUGAGCACUUUGCGGCGGUUAAGAUGGGAGAUCCUAUGGAUCCGUCAACUGGUCAUGGGCCACAGGUUGAUUUGAUUCAGUAUGAGCGGAUCAAGGAAUAUCUUGCUAUCGGGGAGAAGGAUGGGAAAUUGACAAUUGGUGGAGAUGCAAAAGAUGGCUUGUUUGUUAAGCCGACUGUGUUUGAGGGUAUUCCUGAGGAUUCGCGGUUGAUGCAGGAAGAGGUAUUCGGGCCUGUUGUUGCCAUUAAUACAUUUUCUACUGAGGAGGAGGCGAUUGCCAAAGCGAACAACACUGAGUUUGGUUUGUAUGCUUCUGUAUUUACAAAGGAUCUUGAUCGGGCUGUGAGAGUUUCGAAGGCGUUGGAUGCUGGGACUGUUGGUGUCAACUGUACUAGUCCUACUGGUGCCAAGGACUGUCCUUUUGGAGGCUUCAAAUCUAGUGGCACUGGUCGUGAAGGUCUGUUGCAUAGUCUGGACAGUUUCCUUGAGGUCAAGACUAUUUUGAUCAAGACAGCGGCUCGUUUGUGA